AGGACUGCGUGCCGCGCAAUAACGGGAGCAUUUCUCUUCGCGAUUUGUUUCUCAACGAAAUACAUUUCAUGAUUGCGACUGCCGCUAUAACGUGCACAUGUGGGUGCCCUUAUGUGAUUACGUUCUGCUUAUUACGCGUGAGACGGCAUAUAUAAACGGCGUUAAGCAUAUAUACGAUGUGUUGCUCGUGAAUUCUAACCGGUGUAUUCUAUAUCGCGGGAAUAAGUUAUACGUGGAACGCUGUCAGAGCUUCCUUGCGACAAUAUUCUAUUUAAUGAUGACAAAAACGACAAGAUUUAUGUGGCUGUUACUUGCAGCGGCUGUAAUAGCACAAGCGAAACCGUUGAAUUUAUCAAUCGACGAAUCUAUCAAUGAGAUCGAUAGUGAUAAUACGAAGCUUCAAACAAAAUCAUCCGGAUUGAGGAAACAACAACGGAAUUCUGCUUUGCCGACGGACGAGGCAUCAAUAAAGGAGACAUCGCAAACUGAUGCUGCAGACUCGGCAGCUGGUACUGCGAUCGAUACGACCAUACAGUCCUAUAAGGAAAACUCAACGAUAAGACCGGGUUCUCCGCUCUCCUGGUUUCUGACACCGUUCGUACAGAAGGUCCAGUUCUCGCCACAAUCGUUCCUGCAGGAUCGCCUGCAGCUACUGAAAGAGACGCUAAACAAUCUGGGCAUCAAUGUGCUACAAAAUGUGACGGCGAAGCAACUAACAAGUGUACCCGGCGGCCUAGUGCAUUUCUUGAGUCCGACUGACUCUGGUUUCUACACGAAUCGAUUAGAACCGGCCGGUUUUCUGGGCGGUAACGGCUGGUUCGCCAACAAAGGCGGCAUUCUCGGCGGACCGGGAGCCAUAGUCUCCACCGGCAGCCUUCUCACGGAUUAUCCGACUCCUUACAGGAGGAAAUAGGACGAUCUAUCGUUUAUUCAAACGUGUGUAAAUAAUAUAUGAAGAGCAAAAGCUGCUCUUUCACGUGCAAUAUAAUUAUGAUUAAGCAAGUAUCCUAAAAAUUUUAGAUUCGUCUUGACGUAAAUCGCUUACUAAACAUCGCAGAUUCACUUCCCGUUUAAUUGAGACAUUAAAGAGCAAAAAACAGUAUAAUAUUAAAGAGUGAAAAGCAGUAUGCCUUCCGUAGCCUCUACCUCUUAGGAAAAAGCUUUGACGAAUUAAACAUGAGAAACGCAAAUAGAUGAUAUUAAGUAAAUAAUUAUUUGAAAGGAUCACUCCGACUCUCAAUAGCUUUGAUUUAAAUUAUUAUUAACACAAACGUGAUGUCACAUUUUUUACGUAUUUAUAACAUCUAUAUUACUUUUUAUGU